AUGACGUCUUUUCGUGGAAAGCAUAAACGGCAAAAACCCGACGUGACAGAUUCUGCUUGUCAGAUCUUGGUUUCCGUGUGUAUCUCGUUGAGCGGUUUGGAGCAGCAUUACUACUCCUUUAGUUUUGUACGGGUAAGAAGUCAUGCUCGAAAGGAUGCAGAUUUACUAACUUUGUAUGAACAGACGAGAACAAAGGUAUCUGGCAUAACAGCUGAAUACGAUUCUAGUGGCUCUGUACCGUGCCCAAUAGACAUAAGGAAUGUUUUGGUGGAUUUUAUCAGUGCAAGGAUUACUCUGAUUAAAGUUUAUGACGUUUUGAUAGCUUUAGAAGGUUGGGACUUAGAAGAACGGAUUAUGCAGCUGAUAUCAGAUCUUAAUAAUCAUAAGGAAAAUCUUCGAGGUCAAUUACAGCACAGUUAUUUUUCUGAACUGGUUGGGCUAAUAACUUCAGAAAUUUGCAUUUUGUGUAUUUUACUCGAUGUGCAGUUGCUUAUAAUUAGCGGUCAAGCUUUGAAGCUAGCGCAAAUUUUAGUUAAUUUUGUUGGAAUAACUAAAGCGCCAUCCAUCUAUCUCUGUGGAUUUAUUGAUCAGAUGUAUUCAGUACUUUUUGCCAAAUUCUCUUUAUAUUUCUAUUACAACUUGUCUCCUUAUUGUCCAAGAGGAGAUUUUGAACAGGCUAUUAAUGAUAUCGGACAACCUAACUUUUUCCAACUAUUUUCUUCUUUUUACCGUAAACACGAUGCGUUAUACAUAACUUUCCUUUCGAGUGUGCCAGGUUUUGGAGACUUCAAUAAAGAUGCUGAUGGUGUGUGGUCAAGGUUAGCAUCUCCAAUCUGCGAUGAAAACAGUAAAUUCAGAGUUUUGUACUGUUUUGGAGGGGAUCGCAAACAGCUGUUCCGACUGCUCCCAGUUGCUCUGAAUAUAAUCGUUGAAAGGAAAUUGCUGAAAAGAGAAGUUUUGGCAGUUCAUGAUGAAAGUGCAGUUCAUAGCUAUUUGGUGUCACUGGUUGAAGCAAGCGUUUAUAUGGUCAUGAUAACGAAUAGGAAUCUGAAAGGGAAUGACGGGAAGUAUGUACGGUUCAUAUCAGAUAUUUGUAAGACACUUGCAUUUACGAAGCUAUGUCAGACGCCUGCUGGGUAG